AGCACUUACUCAGAGAUUUAUUCUUGGCGGCGUUUUCUGGAAGCAUUGGGUGAGAACGUUCUUUUGUUUGUUUCCCCUCAGUGUGCCUUCUUGGUGUGGUGCAUGGCUCCAACUCCUUCUAACGGCUCCAUCCAGAUAUACACGCGGAUCAUCCGCCCCAUCUUCCUCAAGCACGAGUCCAAGAUUGACAACAUAGCCAAGGACCUCAAGGGCAAGGCGACAGAGGCUGCGGACAAGUUCAAAGAUGAAGCGAAGAAAGCGACGGCGAACAUAAUGUGGGAGGAGGGGAUGAAGAAGGACUCCUAAAGGCGACGCGAGGACAAAGUUCCCAAAGUUCAACAGCAUUGUCAUCUCUGGAGUGGACUGUGUUACACAGCUCAAUAAAUGUUGCCUUGGAUUUUUUUUUAUUGUUUAUUAUUUUAUAAAUUAUCUGAAGGAUAGCAUCUUGGUCUUGCACAGUUUGUCUGUAAAAAAAAAAAAAAACACAGCGAUAGAUGGUCACGUAUCCAAGAGUGAUGUAAAACCGUUUGAAACCUUUAACUUGUUUGCGUACCUUUCGGCUGUAAUGAGCCAGUGAUGUUUCCCCUCCUGCUACGCUUUAAGUACCCAAAUAAAAUAAAAAAGAAACUUGCUGUUA